AGAAAAUGUAAAAGGAACAACUGAACAACAACAGCGAGUUCUGUCGACAGACUGAAAGCGAGAAGCGGAAGAAGACGAUGGCGUGGAGCGCGACGAUGAUCGGAGCCCUUCUGGGAGUGGGCACCCAGAUGUACUCCAAUGCUCUGAGAAAGCUACCCUAUAUGCGCCAUCCGUGGGAGCAUGUCGUCGGAAUGGGAUUGGGGGUGGUGUUCGUGAACCAGCUUGUGAAAUGGGACGAAAAGCUUCAGCAGGACCUUGACAAGAUGCUUGAGAAGGCUAAAGCUGCCAACGAGCGCCGCUACCUGGAGGGAGAUGACGAUUAGUGUUUUUGGCUUUGAUGCGCGGGAGAAUCGUUCCAGCAGUGUUUGCAUUUUCCUAAAAAUCUGGGCUUGAACCGAUGUCCCGGCAUUGCUGUGUGAUCUUUGAUAUGGUUUUUCCUUGCUCUGCUUUUGUAGUUUUAACUUUUAAGAUUGUUCAGCAGUUUUACUGAUGUUUUCCUCAAGCACAGACUCGUGAAUUUCGCAUUUUUCGGUGAAUAAUGAGAGGCAACUAUUGAUAUCUGCAAAGCUAUAUCAGACUCAUUUUCAUUCCUUUCCUCUGCUGCUGUAGUUUUAAGGCUGUUCAGC